AUGAGCACCCUCUUAGAAAGACUCCAUGCAAAGUACAACCAAAACAGGCCUUGGACAGAAACCAUGAAGUUAGUGCGUCAAGUCAUGGAAAAGCGUGUUGUGAUGAACUCGGGGGGGCACCAGCACCUGGUGAGCUGCUUGGAGACACUGCAGAAGGCCUUGAAAGUAUCUUCCCUGCCUGCCAUGACGGAUCGCCUGGAGUCUAUAGCUAGACAAAACGGCCUGGGAUCUCACCUUAGUGCCAAUGGCACUGAAUGUUACAUCACUUCAGACAUGUUCUACGUGGAAGUGCAGUUAGAUCCUACAGGGCUGCUGUGUGAUGUCAAGGUGGCUCACCACGGAGAAAACCCUGUGAGUUGUCCAGAACUGGUGCAACAUCUGAGAGAGAAGAACUUUGAUGAGUUUUCCAAGCAUCUGAGGGGACUUGUGAACCUGUAUAAGCUGCCAGGGGACAACAAACUGAAAACUAAAAUGUACUUGGCUCUGCAGUCCUUAGAGCUGGAUCUCUCAAAAAUGGCAGGGAUGUACUGGCAAGCCACCAACGCCAAUCCCCUGGACAAGAUUCUCCAUGGCAGUGUUGGCUAUCUCACCCCCAGGAGUGGAGGUCUCCUGAUGAACCUCAAGUAUUAUGUCUCGCCCUAUGAUUUAUUUGAAGAUGGCUCUGGAGCCCCUGUUAUUUUGCAUGAGAACAAUGUCCCUCGCUCGCUGGGGAUGAACGUGUCAGUCACCAUUGAGGGCACCAUGGCUAUGUACAAGCUUCCAAUUGCCCCACUCAUCAUGGGCUCACAUCCAGUUGACAGCAAAGGAACUCCGUCGUUCUCAUCCAUCACUAGUGCCAACAGCGUGGAUCUACCAGCUUGUUUCUUCCUGAAAUUCCCACGUCCCAUCCCAGUGUCUCGAGCUUUCAUUCAGAAGCUUCAGGGCUGCACAGGUAUUCCUUUGUUCGACACACCACCAACAUUUGUACCCUUGUAUGAGCUGAUCACACAGUUUGAGUUAUCCAAGGAGGCUGAUCCAGUACCUUUAAACCACAAUAUGCACUUCUAUGCAGCUCUUCCAGGACAGCAGCACUGUUACUUUCUGAACAAAGAUGCUCCUCUCCCAGAUGGAAGAAGCCUUCAAGGAACUCUGAUCAGUAAAAUCGCCUUCCAGCACCCGGGCCGGGUGCCGCUGAUCCUCAGCCUCAUCCGGCACCAGGUGGCCUAUAACACCCUCAUCGGCAGCUGCGUCAAGAGGACGGUGCUGAAGGAAGAUUCCCCCGGGAUCCUGCAGUUUGAGGUUUGCCCACUCUCUGACUCCUGUUUCAGUGUCUCCUUUCAGCAUCCCGUGAAUGACUCCCUGGUCUGUGUGGUAAUGGAUGUGCAGGACUCAACUCACGUGAACUGUAAGCUCUACAAGGGGCUGUCUGAUGCUCUGAUCUGUACAGAUGAUUUCAUUGCCAAGGUUGUGCAAAGGUGUAUGUCCAUCCCUGUCACCAUGAGAGCAAUCCGCAGGAAAGCAGAAACGAUCCAAGCCGACACACCAGCCUUAUCCCUCAUUGCAGAGACAGUAGAAGAUAUGGUGAAGAAAAACCUUCCCCCAGCCAGCAGCCCAGGGUAUGGCAUGACCACAGGCAGCAACCCGCUGAGUGGUACCACUACCCCAACCAACACUUUUCCUGGGGGGCCCAUCACCACUUUGUUUAACAUGAGCAUAAGCAUGAAAGAGAGGCAUGAUUCGGUGGGGAGCCAUGGGGAGGACUUCAGCAAAGUGUCUCAGAACCCAAUUCUCACUAGUUUAUUGCAGAUCACGGGCAACGUGGGCUCAGCCAUUGGCUCAAGCCCAACCCCUCCCCACCACACCCCCCCACCAGUAUCCUCCCCAGCAAGCAACACCAAGAACCACCCCAUGCUCAUGAACCUUCUCAAAGAGAAUCCCCCUCAGGAUUUCUCCAGCCUCUAUGGGAGCAGCCCUUUGGAAAGGCAAAACUCUUCCUCUGGCUCCCCCCGGAUGGAAAUUCCUGGGGGGAAUAAGCAGAAGAAAAAAAAGUCCCGCGCACCAGCCGACAAACCCAAGCACCAGACUGAGGAUGACUUCCAGAGGGAGCUCUUCUCGAUGGAUGUUGACUCCCAGAACCCCAUUUUUGAUGUCAACAUGACUGCAGAUACCCUGGACACCCCUCACAUCACUCCAGCCCCCAGCCAGUGCAGCACUCCUCCCGCUACGUACCCCCAGCCCAUCCCUCACACGCAGCCCAGCAUUCAGAGGAUGGUUCGGCUCUCCAGCUCGGACAGCAUCGGAGCCGACGUCACCGACAUCCUCUCGGACAUAGCAGAGGAGGCUUCCAAGCUCCCCGCUGCGAGCGAGGACUGUCCUCCCAUUGGUACUCCAGUGAGGGACUCUUCUAGUUCAGGACAUUCCCAAAGUGCCCUCUUUGACCCAGAUGUGUUUCAGAGCAACGCCGGCGAGAACCCGUACACGGACCCCGCGGACCUGAUCGCGGACGCUGCCGUCAGCCCCAGCAGUGAUUCCUCAAACCAUUUCUUUCCCGAUGGAGUAGAUUUCAACCCCGACUUGCUCAACAGUCAGAGUCAAAGUGGCUUUGGGGAGGAGUACUUUGAUGAGAGCAGCCAGAGCGGAGACACGGAUGAUUUUAAGGGUUAUGCAUCCCAGGCUCUUACUACUUUGGGGGUGCAAGUGUUGGGGGGUGAUGGGGGGGACAGUAAGUUCAAGGGGAGCGCUCAGUCCGACACGGUAGAUUUUAGUAUUAUUGCAGCUGCAAGCAAAGCCCUGGGCUCCUCCGACAUCAUGGAGCACCACAGUGGAGGGCAGAGAGCGGAGACACGGAUGAUUUUAAGGGAAGGCAAUGGCUCUGGAAGUAACAUGGCAGGAGCCGGGAUAGAUGGGAAGCCUGGGAAGCGCAGCCGGACGCCUUCCAGUGAUGGCAAAAGUAAAGAGAAACUUCCCAAGCGGAAGAAGCAGGAGACAGAUGGGAAAUCCCCAUCUCACAGUUCAUCCAACAGGCCUUUCACACCACCAGCAAGCACAGGUGGGUCCAAAUCUCCCGGGAGCUCGGGCAGAUCUCAGACUCCUCCUGGUGUAGCCACUCCUCCCAUCCCAAAAAUCACCAUUCAGAUCCCAAAAGGAACCGUGACUGUUGGCAAACCGUCUUCACACGGCCAGUAUACAAGUAGUGGCUCCGUCACCUCCUCCAGCAGCAAAAGCCAUCACAGCCAUUCUUCCUCCUCCUCCUCUUCUUCCUCCUCUUCAACCUCAGGCAAGAUGAAAAGCAGCAAAUCGGAAGGGUCUUCAGGGUCCAAGAUGAGCAGCAGCCUCUACUCAGGCCAAGGCAGCUCGAGUUCAGGCCAGUCCAAAAGCUCAGCCCAGUCAGUGGGAAAACCUGGAUCCUCCCCCAUCACCAAACACGGGCUCAGCAGCGGCUCUGGAAGCACCAAGAUGAAACCUCAAGGGAAGCCAUCGUCACUUAUGAACCCGUCCAUGAGCAAACCAAACAUCUCCCCAUCUCAUUCGAGACCCUCGGGAGGCUCCGAGAAGCUCGCUUCUCCCAUGAAACCUGUCCCAGGUACUCCCCCAUCAUCUAAAGCAAAGUCGCCUAUCAGUUCAGGUUCUGGAGGCUCCCACAUGUCUGGGACCGGCUCCAGCUCAAGUCUGAAGUCGUCUUCAGGAAUGGGAUCCUCUGGGUCGAUGUCCCAGAAACCGCCUCCUUCAUCAAAUUCCUCGACGGCGUCUUCGUCUUCCUUUUCAUCCAGUGGGUCUUCCAUGUCUUCAUCUCAGAACCAGCAUGGAAGCUCCAAAGGCAAGUCUCCAAGCAGAAACAAGAAGCCAUCUCUGACUGCAGUCAUAGACAAGCUUAAACACGGGGUUGUCACUAGCGGGCCUGGUGGAGAUGACCCAAUGGAUGGACAAAUGGGGCCAAGUUCCAAUUCCUCAAGCCAUACGAUGUCUUCCAAACACAACAUGUCUGGAGGUGAAUUCCAGGCCAAACGCGAGAAGAGCGACAAAGAGAAAUCCAAAGUCUCUGUUUCUGGGGGAUCUGUUGACUCUUCCAAGAAGACUUCGGAUUCCAAAAACGUUGGGAGCACCGGAGUGGCCAAGAUCAUCAUCAGCAAACACGAUGGUGGUUCCCCCAGCAUUAAAGCCAAAGUAACCUUGCAGAAACCCGGGGAAGGAGGUGGGGACAGCCUCAGGCCUCAGAUGGCUUCUUCCAAAAGCUACGGGUCCCCUCUCAUCAGCGGUUCGACCCCGAAGCACGAGCGCUGCUCUCCCAGCCACAGCAAGUCCCCAGCUUACACCCCCCAGAACAUAGACAGCGAGAGCGAGUCGGGCUCCUCCAUAGCAGAGAAAUCCUACCAGAACAGCCCCAGCUCCGACGAUGGCAUCAGGCCCUUGCCCGAGUACAGCUCCGAGAAACACAAGAAGCAUAAAAAAGAGAAGAAGAAAGUGAAAGACAAAGACCGGGACAGGGAGCGGGAGCGGGAGAAGGACAGGGACAAGAAGAAGUCGCACAGCCUGAAGCCAGAGAGCUGGUCCAAGUCGCCCAUCUCAGCUGAGCAGCCUCUGGCCAUGGGCAGCAGCUCCAUCCUCGCGGCCGAGCGCCCGCCUCGCGCCAGCCCCGAGUUCCUCAUCGGGGAGGAGGACGAUGAUCUCAUGGAUGUGGCUCUGAUUGGCAACUAA